UCUUUCCUCCCCUCCCGCCCCCACCCCACACCCCUCCCCAUGGCGUCUCCCCCCAACGGCGCCGCCGCCGCCUCCUCGGCCGCCGGGGGCGCGCCCCCCGUCGACAAGGAGGUCGACUUUGCCAACUACUUCUGCACCUACGCCUACCUCUACCACCAGAAGGAGAUGCUCUGCGACCGCGUCCGCAUGGACGCCUACCACUCCGCCGUCUUCCGCAACCCCCACCACUUCCGCGGCAAGGUGGUUCUUGAUGUCGGCACCGGGAGCGGCAUCCUCGCCAUCUGGAGCGCUCAGGCCGGCGCCAGGAAGGUGUACGCCGUCGAGGCCACCAACGUGGCGGAGCACGCCCGCGAACUCGUCCGCGCCAACGGGGUCGCCGACAUCGUUGAGGUCAUACAGGGCACCAUGGAGGACAUUGUGCUGCCGGAGAAAGUUGAUGUCAUUAUCUCUGAGUGGAUGGGCUACUAUCUCUUGAGAGAGUCCAUGUUUGAUUCCGUCAUAUGCGCACGUGACCGCUGGUUGAAUCCAGGUGGUGUAAUGUAUCCUAGUCAUGCUCGGAUGUGGUUAGCACCAAUAAGAAGUGGUUUGGGUGACAAAAAGAUGGAAGAUUUCGAGAUUGCUAUGAAUGACUGGAAUCAUUUUGUUGAGGACACCCAGGCUUAUUAUGGGGUCAACAUGAAUGCCUUGACAAAGGCAUAUCGUGCAGAACACGAGAAGUUCUAUCUCAAGUCUUCAAUUUGGAACAAUCUUCAUCCGAACCAACUUAUUGGGCAACCUGCUGUCGUCAAGGAGAUGGAUUGCUUGACAGCAACCGUUGAAGAGAUUCGAGAAGUUAGAGCACAAGUUACAUUGCCAAUCAACCAGGAUAGAACAAGGCUAGCUGCAUUGGCUGGGUGGUUUGAUGUUCACUUUAGAGGUAGCAAGCAAAACCCUGCAGUUGAGGAAGUUGAAUUGAAUACAGCCCCAGAUGAGAAUGGUGGGACACACUGGGGUCAGCAGGUAUUCUUGAUGACUCCAGCUCCGAGAGUAAAUGAAGGGGACAGUAUCAAUGUUUCUUUCUCGAUGGUUCGCUCGAAAGAGAAUCACCGGCUUAUGGAUAUGGAUAUCACCUAUGAACUGCACGAGGCAUCUGGAAGGAAGCUACCAGCAGUCGCAACCAAGAUUUUCUUAGAGUAGAGCAAGAUCACUGACUGGAUCUGACUCGGUUGAUGGGAUGUCAGGGCAUUGUGUGCUAUCAUGUGUCGUGCUGUGCCGUAUCAAAAACCUUGCCCACAGUUCAGAGAAACAUUGGUCCCCGGUGUGUUUGUUUUUCAUAGUAUGGCAUAAUGGCCAACCUUUGUGUAAUACAUACUAUGCGGGGUGUGUAACAGUGAUACCAUGAGGCAUGAUCAAGUGCCAGAGAUUUUGUUUGUUGUAUCGGUAAUUUAUUAUUGUCAUUUGAUUGGUUGAA